GGGGUAAGGUACAGCAUCACCGGCGGCAACAGAGACGGACUCUUCACUAUAGACCAGCACUCUGGGGUCAUCUCCCUGGCGGCGGCACUUGACCACGACCUCGACCACAAGCAUGAGCUGGUGGUGGCGGCGGAGGCGGCCGGGGCCAUGACGCACGCCAUCGUCCAGGUGGAGGUCGACGACGUCAACGACAACCCUCCGUACUUCCUCCGGCCGGAGCCCACCAUCACGGUCAUCGAGGAGGACGACCGCGACCUCCCGCUCGUUAUUGCCAAGGUAGAAGCCAGAGACAGAGACCGCGGGGAUCGGUACGGACUUCGCUACAGCCUGCGAGGGGACGGCGUCGACGGCCUGACCCCCAACAACGCCUUCUUCACCAUCAACCCCCUCACCGGGGAGCUCCUCCAGCUCAGGGCGUUGGACCGUGACCCUCCUGACGGCAAAGGGGUAUGGAAAGUGACAGUUCAGGUCCGGGAUAGUCAGGAGACCGCCGGCCACAGCGGGAGCCAAAAGAUCGCGGUCCGCAGCCAACGUCAGGAGACCACGGUCAGGAGUAAACGUCAGGAGACCACGGUCAGGAGUAAACGUCAGGAGACCACGGUCAGGAGUGGACGUCAGGAGACCACGGUCAGGAGUGGACGUCAGGAGGCCACGGUCAGGAGUGGACGUCAGGAGACCACGGUCAGGAGUGGACAUCAAGAGACCACGGUCUCCCGGGGGACGCAAAAAGUAAGGAGACAGAACAAGUUCGACAGACUAACUCAGACACCGUACGCUGCCACCUCCCGCUCUCAGGAUCAUCUGGAGACGAGGAGAGAGCGCGAGACUGAGACACCGGCUCGCUUUCCAAUCUCUCAAGUAUCUCAAGAAACAUGGAGAGACAGCAAGGGUGAGGAAGUUCGUCCAUCGCACCCUACUCCCUCCUUCAGUCCGCAGCUCGAGAAGAAGAGAAAAUACAAGGAAAGUGACGAAAGGCACCAGCCAAUAAUUCCUCUUUCAAGUCUCUCUCACACCUCACAACAGGGAAGGAAAAGGAGGAAGAGAGAAAAUGGGAACGAGAGAGGGUACACUUUCCCCGCCACUCCUGCUACUGUUCCCAGGUCAUCCAGGAUAAUAUUGGAAGACCAGAGCGAGGCUCGCGCUGGUCCUGACCCUCAGCCUCCCAAGGGUUCCAUUCCAUCACCAUUUUACUUAAAUAAAAUGGAAAAAACUAAACUUUAUUCUGACUAUUCCCCAAGUUUCCCUGGAAGAUUUAAAUAUAUUUAUAAGCACGCAAACAGCGCUUCGGCCAGAGCAGCAUCUUUGGUCAUAAACGAUACGGAUGUUAAAAAUAUAGAAGCAUUAAUACAGCCUUCAUUUUCUCCAGCAAUAUCAACCUCUGCGGCUCAGUUACACAGAAAGGUUACAACACUUCAACAAUCAAUACCUUCGAAAACGUUCUCUGAAAAAAACAGUUUAGUACAAACUAAGAAUAAAAAAUCGUCUGUACUUUUUUCUACAAUAUUAAAUUCUGGAAAAGUAAAGAAGACCAGCAUAGACUACAAUCACAACUGCAACAGUAAGACAACACAGAAGACUAUAACAUCCAGAACCACAGUCGCCCUCAACGCUAGAGUUCCAAGCACAGCUUCAAACAUUACCAAGAGAAGGCGCUACUUCGCUUACGCUACACACAACACCGACAGUCUCAUCAACGUUCACAAUAUCACCAGCAAUAACACACACGCUAAUAAAACAUUCAACCCCCGCGGUAAUAACAUGGUUUCGAACCGUGUCACCGAACCUGCAACUACCUAUACGUCGCUCGGCGCCUUCGUCAACACCGACACUACAAACCUUUCUCGGAGUGUUCCUCGGGACACAAGAUCCGCUAAUUAUUCCCUGGAUGAUCAAAGUGACAACGGAGCGCCGAGCCCUCAAGGUGGAGGGUGUGAAGAGACGGGUGUGUUCGUUUGGGGAUUUGAAGAUGGAGACCGGGUCGAAGCUAUGAAUCCCGCGGGCGCUGGUCGUGGGCGUGGUCGUGGGCGUGGUGGUGGGCGUGUGCAUCUGGUAGAGACAGUGGUGACGAUUAUGGUGAAGGAUAUCAAUGACAACCCUCCAGUCUUCUCGAACACCACCAUGUUCGGAGAGGUGCAGGAGAACGGACCCAUCGAUCUGUCGGUGGCGGUAAUCUCCGCCUGGGACGCCGACGACGCCACUGAGGGCACCAACGCCAGGCUCACCUACGCCAUCGAGAAGAACGUCAUCGACGAACGUUCCGGUGAGGCGAUAUUCGCCGUCCACCCAGAGACCGGCCUGGUGCGCACGGCACUCUGCUGCCUCGACCGGGAGACGACCCCUGAGUACCAUAUUCAGGUGGUGGCUGCCGACGGCGGAGGUCUCAAAGGCACUGGCACUGUGGUGGUGCGACUAGCCGACGUCAACGACAACUCGCCGAGGCUGGCACGACGAGAGUGGCAGCUGGAGGUGGAGGAGACAUGGGGCGACGGACCCCCAGGCAACGACACCAUCCUUGAGAUCGCCUCCUUCGAUCCCGACACAACCAACUACUUCUCCUACAGGGUAGUGGAAGCGAGCGGGUGGGGUUGGGAGCACUUCGAGGUGCGGGCCGUCGAGGGCGGCGCGGGGCAGCUGUACGCCACCAGGACGCUCGACUACGAGGAUGAAACUCACCGCCGGGGUUUCCGGUUCCUCGUGCAGGUCACCGACAUGGGACGCGGGGGCUGGCACGACCCACGCCACCUGGACGCCGCCUGGGUGUCCGUUCGCCUGAAGGACGUCAACGACAACCCGCCAGCGUUUCACCGGCCGCUGGCCCACGUCACCAUCAGGGAGGACACGGCCCCUGGGACCCUCCUGGCCACCCUCCCCGCACGCGACCCAGAUAUGGAGGGACGGCAGGAGGUAGAGUACCGUCUGCAAGGAGGUUGGGACGCCGUGACGGUGGACGGCGGCGGGGACAUCACCCUAGCGAGGGCGCUGGACCGUGAAUCCCCAGGUGGGACGGUGGGCGAGGUAAAGCUUAUCGCUGUGGACGGUGGCAUCCCGCCCCUCUCAUCCACCGCAACACUUAUCAUCACCGUCAACGACGUCAACGACUGUCCACCUCGCCUCCUGUCUCCUACCGUUUUCCACGUACCUGAAGGUGCCACCGCAACGCUUCUGGGCGUCCUGAAGGCGACGGACGACGACGUGUGGGCGCUCGGUCACGGCCCGCCCUUCAACCUCUCCCUGGCGCCCACCAAUCAACCUCACGUUCUCACUUACAUCAAACUCAAGUUUAACCGACACCUUGACAGUGGGCGUGGCGGGGCGGAGGUGUGGGCAGAGGGAGGCGUGGACCGGGAGGAGCACAGGGAGCUGCGGGUGGAGGUGCUGGUGGUGGACGCUGGCGGGUUGGCCGCUCUGCAGACCGUCACUGUCAUUGUCGAUGAUAUCAAUGACAACCCCAUGAAACCCGCAGCCAAGACCGUCUACCUCUGGAAGCCUCAGGGAGGUGGGUCGGACGCGCCCCUGGGUCGGGUGUACGUGGAGGACCCCGACGACUGGGACCUUGGGGACAAGAGCUUCAAGUGGGCUGGGACCCCACACCCACUCUUCACCCUGAGCGCCUCCGACGGCGCCGUCUUCGCAUCCAGCCUUGUGACGGAGGGCAGAUACGACUUGCAAUUCCUGGCGAGCGACCGGGUGUGGGGCCAGCGCGGCGUGGAGGCCAACAUGACAGUGUUGGUCCGCCUCCUCGCCCCAGACGCCCUCGCCCAUGCUACGCCCCUCACCCUCACACCCACCACCCCCGCCCACCUCACAAGGGGAUGGACGCCCACGACUAGCGGAGGAGGCCUAGGCAGACUUGUGGCAGAGCUGUUGAGGCUGGUGGGAGAGCAGGACCACAUCGUAGAUGUCAUCAGCGUCUAUGAUCUCCAGGACGCCCAUCAUCAUCCUCGCCCCUCUGACACGCCCACGAUACCCUCAUCCUCCACUGCCUCCUUCAGCUCUGCUCCCACGGCCUCUUCAGCAAGCCAGCAAGCAAUCUUUGGAGAGACGCCUUCGGCCUGCGUGUGGCUCACCGUCAGAAGCUUACGAGAGGGCGGACCUGGCGGGAGCUUUAUGAAUCCUGUCAAACUACAAGGUCUCCUUGGUCUCCACUCUCGCCAGCUGGAGGCAGCGACCAACCUGACGGUGCUGGUGGGUGAGCCAGCCUCCUGGAGCAGCGGGCCCAGGGACACUGAACACCAGCAAGGCUCCACACACCUGCUGGAGGAUGACAGCCUCGCACUCGAUCCCUCCUCGGCCGCCUCCAGAGCAUCUACGGCCCUCACCCUCCAGGUUGUAGAUACAAACACGACGGCCCUUGUGACCCCGCAUCUGACCCACGCCCACACCUGCUACGCCCAUGAGCCAGAGACCUGUACGCCCACCUCCUGCCUCAACGGUGGGCGCUGCGUCGGCUCUCCCACUGGUAAAAGGUGUGUGUGCCCUGGUGGGUCGUGGGGCGCGCGGUGCAAGAUGCUAUCCAGGACCUUUUCUGGGUCUGGGUGGGCGUGGGUUGACCCCUUCCGGCCCUGCCUUCCCACCACUCUAUCCAUCCGACUUCUCACACGCCGCCCGCACGCCCUCCUCCUCUACUCUGGACCCAUGGCGCCCACUUCGCGGCGUCCACAUUCCCCGCCAACGCCCAUGAUCGCUCUGCAGCUGGUCCACGGGCGUCCUCAGCUGGUGGUGGAGGGCAGGGCGGGCUCCCUCUCCCUGAACGUCAAUGCUACUCUACAUGAUGGCGACUGGCACUCCAUCCAUCUCUAUUUUAGCUCUCAGGGCGUGGCGUUGAUGGCGGAUCUGUGUGGGCGUGGCUGGGAUGACUCCCACGCCCAUGACGACGCCCACUGCGUGGCGCGGGGAGCGUGGCCCAACCGGGAGGGCGCGUGGACAUGGGCUGGGCAUGGCCCAGUGCAGGUGGGUGGGCUAGCCCAUCCGCCCCCACGCCCGCACGCCCAUGGGUGGAGGAACGCCCCUGAGGCACGCCCAUUGGAUGGAUGCCUCUCCCAUCUCACAGUCAACGGACAGCUGGUGGACUUGGGGGAGCCUGCCUACAGCCACGGUAGCGAAGUAGGCUGUGCAGCACAAGACACCGCAUGUGCAGGCGGAGGGGGCGGCUGCGGCGUCCACGGGCGGUGUGUGGGCGGGAUGAGGCAGCCAGAGUGCGAGUGUGAGGCCGGGUGGGCUGGGCCAGGGUGUGCCUCGCCCACCCAGCCCUCAUACCUGGCGCCAGCGUCCUACAUGAAGGCGGCGCUGUCGUUCACGCCUCCUCCGCGCCAGGUGACGGCGCAGGUGCGCGUGAGGACACGAGGAGCGACCCACGGCCUCCUGCUGCGCCUCUCUGCGCACCAGGGAACAGCUGCCUUCACCAUACACUUGCGUGCGGGUGUUGCAUGCGCCUCUGUGACGGGCGUCGGGUGGGCGGAGCAGACGGUGUGUGUGGAGGGCCGGCCUGUGGGCGAUGGUCGUUGGCACACCCUCACUGCUCAGCGACUCGGCGACAACCUGCUGGUCGCUGUAGACGACGGCGACAGCUGGUCUCGACGCAACGACUCCCUCCCUCGCCUCUCCUCGACGACGCCUGACGGGGCGUGGCCGCCGCCCCUCGCAGUAGACAAACACGACGCGGCCACGCUGGGAGGGCUGCCGGAGUUUGUGGGCGUCAGGCUCGUCGCCGUCCACCACGACCUCAACGACACGUGUGUGGAUGACGUGCGUGUGUGCGGGCGCGCUCUACCUCUUCCACCAGCUGUCAACGGCACCAGUUGGGGACAGGUGACCACCUUGGAGGGGCUGAAGUCCGGCUGCCCCGCCCCGGACGGCUGCAACAACACCACCUGCCCAGCACCACUCUCCUGCACACCCACCUGGGGACAGUCCACCUGCAGCUGCGGGCCCGGGAGGCAGCAGGCAGGGCGUGGGUGUGAAGACGUGGAUGAGUGCCAGUGGGCACCGUGCCUGCAUGGAGGCUCGUGCCACAACAGGGUGCCAGGUUUCCUGUGCGUGUGUAGCCCUGAUCAUGCAGGCCAGUUCUGUCAGUGGAAGAAUGUUGGCGGUGUCGCCCACCCACUGACACUGCCAGCCGCUGUAGUGGGCCUCACUCUCUCCUUCCUCAUCCUCAUAAUCUUGGGUGUGGUGUGUUCCGUGCGCCUCCGCCGCCGCCGCCGGCAGCAGCAGCAGCGACUCCCAAGAAAGGGCUCUUGCUGCGAGGAAGGAACUUUUCUUGAGGUGAAGUCUAAUAACUUUGAGGACGUGGCCUUCCGCGAGCUGCAGCCGGACGAAACUCAAGAAACCCUCGUUGAGUGUCUUAAGCUGAGAGCGUCUUGUGGAAAACUGAACGAAGCAGGUGAAAAAUCCAGUGAAGAUCCAGCCUUCGCAAGCAUGUCGAAGGGUUCUCCUGACGGCGGUGGACGACGACUCCAGCCAGAGGUCCUCCUGCCCAACGACGACCUUCGUGCCUACGCCUACGAGGGUGAUGGGUCUUCAGCUGGUUCUCUCACCUCCACGAUAUCAGGUUUACGAGUGGAGAUGAAGGAGGAGUGGGACAUCAAGCCUCUGGUGCCGGAAUUCCUCCAAGUGAUCGAUCUCUUGAAGAACCUCCCUGAGAGGUCCAGGCCAGACGUAUCAUCUGCAGGAGACGAAGAAGGUGGACGGGUCAAAGGCUCCCAGGACACCAGCACUGCUAAGAAGAAAGAAAGCUCUGUGUUGUCAGGCUUUAUAAAAAAAAUUCUGCCUUCAUCGGAUGGCAGUGACCAUCCCUGCUACUGUGGUCCCACUAGUUGUGGGGAGAACAGCUCCAGGAAUUGUGACGAUUGCUCCAAAUGCAGUGAAGUCAGCACUAGGUGUAACGAGACCAAAAACUCCGUCGGAAGUGAUGCCGGCGCCAUGUGUGACGAAAACAGUGAAGGGGAAGUGUCGACGAUCUGCUGACAUCGGCACCAUCCAGGGUGAACCCACUUUAGGUGUGGGUGUGCUGAUGCAAGCCUGUGUCUGAUGACCAGGUCUUGCUGGCUGACGCAAGCCUGUGUCUGACGACCAGGUCUUGCUGGCUGACACAAGCCUGUGUCUGAUGACCAUGUCUUGCUGGCUGACGCAAGCCUGUGUCUGACGACCAGGUCUUGCUGGCUGACGCAAGCCUGUGUCUGACGACCAGGUCUUGCUGGCUGACACAAGCCUGGACACUUUCAUCAGCCUCGUCAGGAAAUUGAAGAUGACUGAUGAUCUGGAUUGUCUUUUCAUUAACACUAUGCAGAGUGACAGCUCUAUACACGGCAACGUCCCCCCACAGCAUGUCUUGCGUGACCUUUCAAGCCCAGACUCUCUGACCUUCCGUCACGCACUCUGUCUACCGUCACGCCCAGACUGUCUACCGUCACGCCCACACACACCUCAGUAACACUCAAGAUGAGACACAACAUUUUUAUUUCGGAUAUUUAAUAUAAUAAAUGCUUAAGGGUCAGUUCAGACAGCCUAACGAACACGUCGUAAUAGACAUUGUUGUUGUUGAUUUAGAGGCCGCUACGACAAAAGCACCGGAUGUGCCCCGGCUCUCCCAUGUAGGGUAAAACACAAAGCCUUGCGACUAUGUAAACGUUGCUAAACUAUUGUGCCUUGCAGCAGUUAAACAAUCUGUUAGAUAGAUGUUUCGCGAGCCCCUGGAGUCCCCCGAGGAAAGCGAGAGAUGUAUCACCACCCCACACGGAAAACCGUCACCCAGUAACCCCAGACGAUAAGGCGUCAGGUGUCCUGUGGUCUCUGGUUAGUCGAGCAAAGUCGUAACCGAACGGCAGAAUAGCAAUUGGCCAUCAUAAACUCAACUCCAGUCGAACACAAACAAAAAUGUGAUCCACUGACUUCCGACAGAGUAGUAACCAGCCACUCACUACAUUCCGAGGGCACAACAGGAAUCCAUCAAGACUCGCCAACUCCCGACACCUCUCAGCCAACCCGGCGCCAGAAAAUCCAGCCGGGUUGGACGGUUAAAAUCGGUUAAAAACGGUUAAAAUCAAUCAUCUUUCAUAUGAUCCCAGACGAUACGUGCGCUAGGCGUUGUAUCAUCUGAGACGUUGAAGAGGACUGUCUGACAUUAUGGAGACCCAAUGGCUAAAAUUGCAUGUUCCAGGAAGAUCAGUGUUCAGAUGUCCGCUCGUCGAACCAGGAGUCCAGUAACAGACAUUAUUCCUUAUCAUGUGCAUACUCAAAUAUAUGGACACAUGUCAGGCAA